CUCGGGGGACAGCAGCAAGGGUUCCCCUGAAUGGAAGUGUCAGCCGGUGCUUGUAGGAGCACAAACAGCAUGGUGCAAGCGGUGCCUCAGCGGGCUGGGUUUUCAACGCCAUUGUUGAAAUAGGAAAGGAGCAGCUUUGCAGGAUUUGCUUCCAAGCUCCAUUGAGACAGAGGCAGCUUCUUAAACCAGCGGGUGCUUGCCUGGAGUGGUCCUGUUUGUUGCUCUAGUUUUUGCGUGGAUCCUCUGUUGCUGCCGUUGUGCCAGUGGUCUCCAUUUCUGGAUGGUGCAAUGGAUUUACUGAAAGAACUGAAGAAUAUGCCUAUGACUUUGGACUUGCUGCAGUCCACCCGCAUCGGGAUGUCGGUGAACGCCCUGAGGAAGCAGAGCACAGAUGAAGAAGUGAUAUCACUUGCCAAAUCCCUCAUCAAAUCUUGGAAGAAACUUCUAGAUGCAUCUGAGGAGAAAAGUGAGGAGAAAAAGAAAAGCCUGUCCUUGCCAACAUCCUCCUCAAAGGAAACUGGUAACUCCAGAGACCAAAGCUCCAACAAAAGGCAGGAGCCUCCCAAGACUCCCACCACCCCCAAGAUCACCACCUUCCCCCCCGCGCCUGUCACCUGCGACGCCGUCCGCAACAAGUGCAGGGAGAUGCUGACAGCAGCUCUGCAGGCUGAUGAUGAUCACGUGGCCAUUGGCGCCGACUGUGAGCACAUAGCAGCCCAGAUUGAAGAAUUCAUAUACCAGGAUGUGAAGAACACCGACAUGAAGUACAAAAACCGUGUGAGGAGCCGCAUCUCCAACCUGAAGGACUCCAAAAACCCUGAGCUGAAGAGGAACGUGCUGUGUGGGGCCAUCACCCCCGAGCAGAUCGCUGUCAUGAGCUCAGAGGAAAUGGCCAGUAAUGAGCUGAAAGAGAUCAGGAAAGCCAUGACCAAGGAAGCGAUCCGGGAGCAUCAGAUGGCCAAGACAGGAGGGACACAGACUGACCUCUUCACCUGUGGCAAAUGCAAGAAGAAGAACUGCACCUACACCCAGGUGCAGACCCGCAGCUCUGACGAGCCCAUGACCACCUUUGUCGUGUGCAACGAGUGUGGCAACCGCUGGAAGUUCUGCUGAGCUAUGCUGCCCCAUCCCCAGGGCCCAGCCCCUCCUGUUGCUGCUGGGGUGUGUGAGGGCCUGUGCAGGGCAGGACAGGACACAUCACAUCUAGUCGUUAUUUUUUCAUCUGAGUACAGUUGCUUUUUCUUCAAGACUAAUAUUAAACAUUUUUGUCAGUUUCUGGCUUUUAUUUCA